UAUCGUUCUACCAAAUCAACGUCAAACCUAAUUAACAUUUUGUUCUUUGAUAAUCCGAAGAAACACGGCAAGCUGCUUGUGGUUUUAGUCAUAAAAGACCAACCAACCAAUCUUAUCUUUCCUCGAAAUUUCUCUGACCGCCCCUCCUCCACUUAUUGUCUUUUUUUCUUUCGGUAAGAGCACACCGACCGUUGAUCUUGUCUUGUCUUAGUUUGCUUUUAAUAAACUUGUAUCAGGCGAAUCCCAGUUUCAUUCUUCUUCUUCUUCCAAGGAUCUAUCACUUUAUUAUCAACUUUAACAAAAUGGCUCGUCCACAAGACCCUCCACGCGGUUUCUUCCCUUUUGGAAACCCUUUCAAGAACCUAUCCUCCAAGAACCCAGUACUAUCCUCUAACCUUCUCUCCCUCUUGAACACUUUCGAGACCAACUUAGCUUCUUCCAUUACAAAGCUUGUCCCCAAGGAAAAGUCCCAGAUCCUCACCCUUUCAUGGAUGAGUCAAGCUAUGGCGUCUCUCUGCCAGACCCACAACGCUAUCAAGACUCUUAUAACCGAUCUAGAGCUUCCUGUCUCAGAUUGGGAGGACAAAUGGGUCGACAUCUACCUAGACAUCAGCGUCAAGCUCCUCGACCUCUGCAACGCCUUCAGCUCGGAGCUAAGCCGUCUCAACCAAGGCCAUCUCUUCCUCCAGUUUGCCCUGCAUAACCUGGGGACCAACGCUCCUCAGAAUCUGCCGAAAGCUCAAUCGUCCCUCGACGCCUGGAAGCAGCACAUCGUUUCCAAGAACCCAAGGUUGGAGAGCUGUCAUGCGAUCCUGACCAGCCUUGUUCAGACCUUGAAUCUCCCCAAGGUGAAGAACUCCGCCAAAGGCAAAGUCCUUAUGCGAGCUUUGUACGGUGUAAAGGUCAAGACUCUGUACAUUUCUGGUGUCUUCGCUGCUGCCUUCUCGGGUUCAUCGCAGAACCUUCUGUACGUUACGGUCUCAAACGAGCUUCCGUGGGCACCUUCCUUCAUGGAUAUGCAGAACACGAUGAACUCCGAAAUCAAGAACAUAUUUUUAUCAGACGGUUUAACCGUUAUGAAAGAGCUCGAGGCUGUUGAUUCAGGUGUUAAGCAACUUGCCCCUGCGAUCCAACAAGGGUCUAUAGAUCCCAUUUCGCUGCAGCCGUUGAAGGACUCGGUCACGGAGUUGACGAGUGGGAUAGACCUUGUUUCCAAGGAGGUGGAUUGCUUCUUCAAGAUUCUGUUAUCGGGGAGGGACACUUUGCUGGAGAACCUCAGGUCGAUUGGCGCACCAACAACGGUGCUGGCAACAUCACCAAAAAAGCAGAGAGUGUAAGACGCUUGAUAAACUGCUAUGGUUGUGUGAAUAGAUGGUAUUGUAAGUGUUCCAUCUUGGUCGUCGUGAAUGUAUUAUUAUUAUUAGGUGCUUGUGGUAUUGUGGUCGUUUGUAUGAGACGCAGUGAAACUAAUAUUUGUAUAAGAAAAGUUUUAAUCAACUUA